AUGUCAUCUGUAACCUCCAAUAUUAUAUUAGCAUUCUCAUUCUCAUUUCUAGGGACACUAGUAUUUCGAUCCCACCUAAUAUCAACUCUCCUAUGCCUUGAAGGAAUAAUACUAUCACUGUUUAUUAUAACCACAAUUACAUCCCUUAAUUCCCACUCAAUAAUUAUAUACCCUCUACCCAUUGUUAUUCUAGUAUUCGCAGCAUGUGAAGCAGCCAUUGGCUUAGCCCUAUUAGCAAAAGUAUCAAACUCCUACGGAACAGAUUAUGUGCAAAACCUAAACCUACUUCAAUGUUAA